AUCUUCAAUAAGAAGACCACGAGAGGCAUGUUCCUCAACACAAUUUCGGACCACCCAAGGAAGCUAGCCAUGUCCAUGCCAAGAGGAAUGGAAGGUGAGAGACAGGAAAAGCACGAAAGUUCGCCAAACCGUCGUCGUCCUUCUGGUGCAGAACAAAAAGAUGGCGCGCUCUCACUCGGACAGCCGUUAACUGCUCAUCCCCAUCCCUCCGGUCCACCUCCAGCCAUGUUUGCACUUCGAAAGGCCGGCUUCGUAGCUCGUGCGGUCUCUGCAGGUCAGAAACGCUUUUUGUCGAUCCAUGAGUAUCAGUCCGUGAACCUCCUCAACUCUUACGGUGUACCCACGCCGAAGAGUAUUCCAGCACAUACUCCACAGGAAGCUUUCGAAGCUGCAAAGCAGUUCGGUUCCACUGGAUGCGUUAUCAAGGCUCAGGUGCUUGCCGGCGGUCGUGGAAAGGGAAAGUUCGACAAUGGUCUUCAAGGAGGCGUACAUAUGGUACAAACCCCGGAGCAAGCACAAGACUAUGCUUCCAAGAUGCUUGGUGCUAAGCUGAUCACAAAACAAACCGGUGCCGGCGGUCGUAUCUGCAACGCUGUCAUGCUUGCCGAACGUCGUGAUCCUGCACAUGAGUAUUAUAUUGCUGUGCUGAACGAUCGUACUACUGGUGGUCCCGUUCUCGUCGCAUCUUCUCAAGGUGGAAUGAACAUUGAGGAGGUAGCGGCGAAGGACCCUAGUGCUAUCAUCACCACUCCCAUCGACUUCGAUAACGGUCUGAGCCGAGAGGAGGCUUUGGGUGUUGCUAAAAAGCUUGGCUUCCAAGGAGAGGAUGCUGAAUCACAAGCUGCUGAUAUCUUCAUCAACCUGUAUAAGAUCUUCAAAGACAAGGAUGCCACCCAGAUUGAAAUUAACCCCUUGGCUGAGACUAAAGAUGGCGCGGUCCUUUGCAUGGAUGCUAAAUUCGGCUUUGAUGACAACGCGGAGUUCCGUCAACCCGAAAUUUUCGCUCUGCGGGAUAUCACUCAAGAAGACCCGUCGGAGGUUGAAGCUCAGAAGGCUAACCUCAACUUCAUCAAGCUUGAUGGCAACAUUGGGUGUCUCGUUAACGGCGCCGGUCUUGCCAUGGCUACUAUGGACGUCUUGGCUCUUCACGGAGGCAACCCUGCUAAUUUCUUGGAUGUCGGAGGCGGAGCUACUCCCGAGACUGUCAAGAAGGCAUUCGAGAUUAUUUCCCGUGACCCUAAGGUGAAGAGUAUCUUCAUCAACAUCUUCGGUGGUAUCAUGCGAUGUGACUACAUUGCUGAGGGUGUCAUCAGGGCAAAGAAAGAGCUUUCCAUGGACAUUCCUCUUGUUGUCAGGCUGAAAGGUACAAUGGAGGAUGAGGCUAAGGAGUUGAUCAGGGAGUCAGGUCUCACGAUCAUUCCCUUCGAUGAUCUCGACGAGGCUGCUGCAGUUGCAGUUAAGCUCGCACUCUGAGGCUGCGUUCGUAUAUCCGUUCAUCUAUUCAAACAAUAGUAGCGUACGGUAGCGGUAGAAUAAUCCUAUGAUCUUCGAUAUCCUGUUCUACUCGCUCGGAAUUCGCAUACAACCCUACGCGUUUCAUGUCUCUUACCUCAAUCCCGUGUGAUUUUCAGUUUGUGCGAGUUUCUUCGAAGCCUUGUCAAC